UUUGCCGUUACUUAAUAUCUGAUAAUCAAUUCUUCUUUAUGACUCGAAUCAUGUUUACGUCAUAGGAUGAAAUUCUAACAAUGACCAAACGAAAACAUUUUUUUAAACAGAACCAUUUUUACUGUUAUAAAAUCAAUAUUAACGUUGAAAAGAAUAUAAUGCCAUCCAAAAAAAAUCAUGGAAGUUCCGGGGAUGUAAUUGUAACGAGGAAAUUAAACUAUGAAACGAGAGUGCAACAUUGUUGUUUGAAAAUUUAAUCUGUUGAACCAUGUUGAACCUCGACCACGCCAGUCGAAUGUGUCGCAUGUAUUUCGCUUGUAUAUUUAGACAGUGGAAAAUACGUUGCUACUUCAGAAAUAAAGUACUCGCUCCUUGGAAUUCGUGUUUAGUGUAAAAUCGUGUUCGUGGAUGAUAUUUAACGCAUGACUUGACACAGAAGUUUUGUUAACUUUACGGGAAAUAGGAAACAGAAAAAGCGUGUUCGCUUGUCGAUUAUACGUCUAUCGUGACCCUUACAACUUUCUCAGGAUACCUAAAAAUUUCUCAAAGUGUGCGGUAGAUCGAGUGCAACGUUCUCAUGUAAUCCUUGACUCGUGUUACAGUUGAUUUAUCAGUAGUGCGUUUAUAGUGCUUCGGGCAUUGGAUUAACAAUGAAAAUGUCAUAUGCUAUGCGAAAGAACAGCAGUAACAAUCGGACAAAAAGUGUUGAUUGUGAUCGUGGGUAGCAGCCGGUAAAGAAAUGGCAAUUCCUAGUUGGAAGAUUUGGGGUAGAAACCUUCGUAUAAGCCAUCGCCACCAAAACACUGAAGACAGCUGCGUGCAACUCGAUCUGUCAAGAGGUCUGAAGGAAAACAUUAAAGAAAUUUUGACUAACCUUUGUCAGCGACACAAUGUUCCAAGCAUAAAAAAACUAGCAUAUCUUAAUGCUAUUGUUAAGUUAAUUAGUGAAAAUGAUUCACCGGAAUAUGGGUAUGCCACUGACGAUAUAUUUUGCUGCCUACGAGUUGGUCUCAUUCAUGAAGCCACACAAGUUCGUGCUGCCGCAUUGCGUGCAGUACGAUAUAUGCUCAAGAAAGAACAAGAUGUUAUUGCAAUUAAUAAAUUGCAAUAUCCAUAUUUUGUUGCUCGUAGUAUGGAUAUUAAUUUACGAAAUGAAACAGAAGGAUUACAAGCUCUUAGACUUGUUAGAAGAAUUUUAGUAUUAGCUCCAAAACAUUUUAGUCCAAUUUUAGCAAGAUCUUUAAUAAGCCUGACAAACGGAGGAGUCGAAGAAAAGGAUGGAACGUUUCGAGCAUUUUUGGCAACUCUUUGCGAGUUAGGAGUUCUAAAUUCAAAUUUGUUAAUUAGCUGCGGAGGCAUUGGUGCCCUUGGAAGAGCUGCUAUGACUGGACAAAGCCCUGCUAUAAUAGAAUCUGUCGUAGCAGUCUUAUUAAAGUUAUUAAAUACUCCCGAAACCAGGAAUAGUGUUUCUCUCUUAUGUUUUGCUGCUCCUUAUUGCGAGUUGCAUUCUUUAAGUAUAGACGGAACAAAAGAAGAACGAGAAAGAUUCGCAGCAAGUAAAUUGGCAUUAUUGAGUAUACUGAGAUCUUAUCCUGGUGUUCUACAUUUUUGUCGACCCGAUGAUAACUCAGGAUUAAAAGCUAUAGCAGAUAUAUUGUAUGUUGAACAACUCGAAGUACGACGCGCUGUUCUAGAAUUACUUUAUGAAUUGUUGAAUCUACCUUUACCUACAUGGACAGAUGAGCCAGAUGUUGCUCUAGCAGCAGUAGAUCCUAGUAGGACGCGUGAUUCAUGGAAAUUGUCAGAAGGCUUUGUUGCGGCUGAAGGAAAAUAUAUUUUACCGUCUUUAUCGUCACGCUGUCCGAAUAUUACAGAAAUACAUUUAGCGUUGCUGGUUUACGUUUUAUUAGAAUGUGGUCUCCAUUACGCUCUCGCGGAAACUAUUGUUUCUAGCGAUACAUUUAUUUCUGUACGCGCUGCUGUUCUUUUAGGUGCGUUAUUGCAUCUUGCACAUUCUCUAUUGCCUCCAGAAGCAUGUGAUCUUACACCUCCUUUACCGAAUUUAUUGGAACACGCGAGUGCUGGAAAGCACCAGGCCUUAGCAGCUGUAACAAUUUUGGAGCGAAUGCAUAUUAUGAUGCGACGAAGACCAGCACCUGCGAGUCUAUUUCUAGAUAAAAUUUUACAAGCAGGUACUUGGUUGAGGCCGACCAUACCAAGACGGCAACGAACGUCGGGCAGGCAUUGGCUGCGUAGAGAAUCGCCAACUACUCCUCUCUUAAAAGAUGCUCAAGUACUCAGUUCGAAAGAUGCUCUCGCAUGGAAUUGGCCGGUAGUGCGAUCUAUAUUACGAUCACGAGAAGAUACGAUGCGAAUAUUCCAUGAUUCCGAUCACAGGUUGUUCAUGAAAAGGCUCGUACGUUAUUUUAAACCUUGUUCAAAUGGAUAUAGUAGAAUAGAGCUAGCAACAAAUGCCAAUUUAGCACGAGAAGCAACAUUAGCUGGUUGUGAUUUAUUAAACUGUUUAUUAGAACUUCACGAACCCGAGGGUACGAAACUAUUAAAUGAAUUAAUUGGAGAUAUCGCGGAGCAAAUUACUUGCGUUCAAACAGCUCAGUCUGCUCACGAGUGUUUAUUUUCACCUCGUCAUAUGUCUACCACUUGUUGUCAAAAGUAUUUCCUGUUUCUUGGACAUUUGAGCCAUUCGGCGAAAGGAACUGUAAUCCUGAAUGGGUUUAAUUUAUUAGAAAAGUUGCAAGACUUAGCUUUAGCUACUAAUCAUGACUGUUACGUUAAACUAAUAGUCUCAAGUUUAGAUUAUUCUAGAGACGGAUCUAAUAGGAAAGUAAUGACUAAGAUUAUUACGGAAGCAUCAUCGGACAAUACACGUCUAUACGCUACACAGUUCCUUCGGUUGAUACUGAGAGCCAGAAUGGCCGAUGCCUAUCGUUGGGCGAUAACGUUACUGUCUGAUCGGUUAUCGGAUUCCAAUAAAACUGUAGCACUAACUGCUUUAGAAGCGUUGCACGAAGCUUGCGAAGAAACGAAGUAUUUAGAAGCUCUGUUGCAGCAAGGAGGUCAAUCUCGUGAUUGGAGUAAAUGGCUCGAAGAAUUAGGCGACAAAGGUUACUUGUUGAAAAUUCGAUUGUACUCUCUUCAUCAAGGUUUCACGACACUUUCAUCUCCCACGGAAGAAUUGGAAAAGUGGAUUUGUCCAGGGGGUUUCGCAGAAAGAUACGUUGGUUUAAUAGAGGGUGAAAUACACGAUUCCUUAACGCGUCGUCAAAGAGAUGAAACUGGAAGUUAUCACAGGAGAACAACUAACGUUCCUAUGACACCUCAAGAUAUUUUUGUUUUGCCACACUUGAUAGGACAAUUGGCACAACACGAGCUGGGUAUGCAGUUGUUGUUACGUCGAAAUGUAAUACAACGUUUCGCUCGAGUUAUUCAACGAUUCAGAAUGGAAGUAGGCGGUACGGAUUCGGAAUCAAACUCGCGGUGUACCAAAACUAAUUGUUCAUUAAUCGAUGAUGGUUGCGUUAUGUCAGAGGAGUCCGGUACAGACGAAACGGUAGAAUCGAAUAGAUUGGAGACAAUAAUGGAUUCCGAGUCUGCGGAAGUAAUAGAUACGUGUAACCUACAAAAAGGUGAUUCCUUAGCCGAACUUCGUCGAAAGACAAGUCUAGAUGAUUCAAGACGCGUCACUGCAGAUAGGAGUUGGAGAUUGGAGUUGAAAGCUCGAGACGAGCAAGGUACUAGUUUAAGUAAAAAGAUUUUAAGAGCGAAGUCUGCAUUGUGGGUUCUUGGCCACGCUGGAACAUCGGCUGCUGGCGUAGAACAAUUAAAUCAUUUAGGAACUAUAGAAUUGAUAACGUCCAUGGCAGAGACAUGCCCGUAUUACGCGGUACGAGCAACAGCUAUGUAUAGUCUCAGUCUUAUUGGCACCACUCGUGCAGGUGCUGAUGCACUGUUGAAUUUCGACUGGCCAUGCGUCAGACACAGACGUGGAGAUCAUUGGCCAAUUGUUCCUCCUACUAGCACGUAUUCAGCGCCAAGUCCGAUCCCCAUACAACGACACCAUCGAAGUCUUAGUGACGGGAAACCAGAGUUACCGGAACCAGUAGCUCGAAGAACCAGAAAUAGAUCCGAAAGUGCAGCUACAGAUCUUGAAGCCAGGCGCUAUGCUCUACCAGAAAGGGGAGAAACACCAAGUCCUGUUUCAAGUAUUCAAAGAUUAAGCCAACAAGAUGCUGAAGGGUAUGCAAAACUUCGUAGCUUCCAGCGCCAUCGUAGGCCAAGUUAUUCUCAAAGUAGUUUAGAGAUGUACAGUUUAGAUGGCCGACUUUCAUUGCAGAGUUUAUUAGAGUUUGAUUCAUCUCGCAGCUGGAUUGCGGAUCACGUACUCACCUCGACGCCUCCACCUCCUGAAGAUAGUAACGAUAAUUUAUUUUACAUGGGUAUCGCCCUGCCAAAGAGACUUAUAACUAUUUUUCCGGAACUGCCACAACCAUCCUUCCGAACUAUAGCGGACAACGUACCUAAAUCCGAUGUAGAAUCGACCGAAGUGGAUGAAGAGUCUUGUUCGGAGUAUGACGUAGAUGCAGACCAUUGUCGUAUAUGUUUAGUAUGUCGCCCCGGAAAAAGUAGUAACAGAGAUUCGAUUACAGAUCAAGACGCUAAGUUGCAAAGAGUAAUAAUCAGACAUGCUCAGCGCAUGGCAAAUCCUCUAUGGUACAGGCAUAGUCGGCAAACCUUGCUUAGAUUACGACAACUUCAUUCGGAAAAGUUUCAGGACGCUUGUUUGUUUUCGGACGUAGCAGCUCGUUUAGGCAGUGGUACAUACAGAAUGCCAGCACGGCGAUUUUUACAAGAAUUAUUCCUGGACUCUAAAUUCGAUGCACUUUACAUAGAACCGGCUAACAUACUAAAAUUGAACGAUGGUAAUGACGAGAAAUCAUUGCGACCUCCCAUUUCCACGCCACCUGAACCCAACUCCCGUGUGCCUUCAGAAAGUAAAAUCAAUGGAAGAAUUACUUUUUCUGAGAUUCAAGUAACUCAACUGGAUGCCGUUAUCGAGGUGGCAGGGGGCGAUUCCUGCGUGACGCAAAAAUAUAAUAAAACGCAAGAAGUUUUACGCAAACCAGAACGACGAAGCGAUGAGAAGAUAAUAGCCGAAAUUUUAAAACCAGAGGAAAGGAUACGUCUGUCAAAGAGUUCCGAUAGAUUGUUAAAGGUAUCAGGUACAAACAGUGCCAUCAGCCUUGAUUAGUAAUUCCCGGUUCUCAAGCAAUUGUAAAUAUUUUGUACCAUAAUAUCGUUAAAGUAUGAAAUACAUUGCACUGCCAAAAUUGAGUCAAAAACCGAUAAAUCGAUAUAUGCUUGUGUGAUUCUAACGAUUGAAAGAAUCAGUUUUGUUAGUUGAUUGCAGGUUAUCGCAAAAUGAGUUGUCGGAUAAUGUAUACGUUUUUUACACCUCGUCUGUGAUGCAACAAUAAGAUGUACUAACAAAAAAAAAGGUAUAAAUUGUUUUGUGACACUCGUACUUUGCGUUUCUAAUUUUUUUUAAUGUGUUCCAAAUUUUAAGACAGAAAAACAAAUGUAAUUAUCUCUGACAAAUAAAAUUUGUUUUCUCAUCUUCCA